UUUUAUCAACCACCCGUGUACGCAAAAGAAGAGUGAGCAAAAGUCGCAGCAGUAGGAGGAGGAAAGACAGCGGCUUUUCCGUCUACACGUGUACUAAUUUCUAUGUAAAUCUGUAUUCUGUACCUUUUAUGAACCAAUCUCUCUCUGUCGGAAAAGCCGGAAAGCCACUGUAAACGAGAACCAUGGGGGCAUAUCUGUCGCAACCAAAUACCACCAAGACCUCCUCCGAUGGCGGCAACAGCAACAUGAGCUUCGGCUUCUCUGCCAUGCAGGGCUGGAGGGUCUCCAUGGAGGAUGCUCACAACUGCAUUCCAGAGUUUGACGAGGACACAGCAAUGUUUUCUGUGUACGAUGGACAUGGAGGUGAAGAGGUCGCUCUGUACUGUUCAAAGUACCUUCCUGAUAUCAUCAAAGAGCAAAAGGCGUAUAAAGAUGGGAAACUACAAAAGGCACUAGAAGACGCAUUCUUGGCCAUCGACUCCAGGAUGACCACAGAGGAGGUCAUCAAGGAGCUGGUACAGAUUUCUGGGCGCCCUACUGAAGAGCCACCAGCUGAGAAGGUGGCAGAGGAGGAUGACUUGGACACAGAAGAGGCAGCUUUGCUCCACGAGGAGGCCACCAUGACCAUAGAGGAGCUGCUGGUACGCUACGGCCAGAACCUCAACGCCAUCAAAAACCUCGCAGCUCAUGGUGGGGCAGCUAAGAAGGCUCCCUGCUCAAAAGCUGAGAACUCUGGAGAGAAAGGAGAAGAUGCUGGAGGACAGAAGAAAGAAGAAGUGAAUGGAGAUGUGGGGGAGGAGGGGAGCAAUGGGAAGGUUAAGGAGGGAGCGGGAGCAUCGUGUGGGUCCAAGCUGCGAGCCUGUCGGAGAGCAACAGGAGGUGAAGGGAGCAGCUCAGGUGAAGGUGGAGAGUCAGGAAGCUCUAAUGGGGAGGAAAAGGCCGGGAAGGCUGAAGGAGACGCAGGGCCUUCCUGCUCUUCUCUGUCCUCCAAGGCUGCAGCAGACACCAAGUCCAGGUUCUUUGAUGACAGUGAAGAGUCUGAGGAAGGAGAGGAGGAGGAGGGCAGCGAUGAAGAGGAUGGCAGUGACGAGGAAGAGGGGGACAGCAGUGAAUUAGAGGAAGAGGACACAGAGGAGGGAGAAGAGGACUCUGAGGACGAAGAAGAGGGGGAGAUGUGUUUACCUGGAAUGGAAGGAAAAGAGGAGCCCGGCUCAGACAGCGGCACCACGGCUGUUGUAGCUCUGAUCCGAGGGAAGCAGCUGAUCGUAGCAAACGCUGGUGAUUCUCGCUGCGUCGUUUCUGAAAAAGGCAAAGCUGUGGACAUGUCUUAUGACCACAAGCCAGAGGACGAGCUGGAACUGGCUCGCAUCAAAAACGCUGGAGGCAAAGUGACCAUGGAUGGGCGAGUGAACGGUGGACUGAAUCUCUCCAGAGCCAUCGGUGACCACUUCUAUAAAAGGAACAAGUCUUUGCCACCGGAGGAGCAGAUGAUUUCUGCCAUGCCCGAUGUGAAAGUUCUGACUCUGAAUGAGGAUCACGACUUCAUGGUCAUUGCCUGUGAUGGCAUCUGGAAUGUAUUAAGCAGUCAGGAGGUGGUGGACUUCAUCAGUGAGAGGAUCAAACCAGACCGAGACGGUAAAGUCCGAGCCCUCUCAUCCAUAGUGGAGGAGCUGUUGGACCACUGUUUGGCGCCUGACUCAUCUGGAGACGGGACAGGAUGUGACAACAUGACUUGCAUCAUUAUCACACUCAGGCCACACCCCUCUCAGUCAGAUGGCACAAAGAAGAGGAAGCACCAGGAGGAGGAGGGGGAUAAGGCAGGAGAGACUGAGACGGGGGAGAACGAGAAAGAGAACGACAGCAAAAAGGCAAAAACUGAAUAAAGGAGGAGCAAAAGGAUCCCGGAGGGAGCAACUGGUCCCACACUACCGCCGAUCGACCAGAGACGCAUUCUGUAUAAAAACAAAAUCCUUACCUCACAAAGAUAAUCCCACCCUGAAGCAGACGUCAGAGACCAGAUAUCAGAUCAGCUGAACUCAGAUCAUCUGUAUAGAUUUUGUGUUCUUGAUGGAUUCUCACAGUGACACACCCAGUGAAGGUUAUCCCAGUUUGUCCAGCUGGAAGGAAGUCGAACACUUUUAGUUCUGAAUUAUAACGAGGCGAGCUUUCCACUCCUGCCUCGCUGCAAUUUCUGUUAUUUGUGUCUCGCGGCUGCAGGAGGAACCGGUUCAGAGAUCGCCGUGUUCGUCUCUAAACCGCCUCCCUCUUUCUGCAGCUUCGCACCAUUAGAACAUCUGUUUCCACCUGGCAGCUUCUGCUUGUUUGGGUAAAGCUUGAAGAUGGUUAGUUGUUGACGGUGUGAAACCUACAUGGCCUUCGUUCCUGUGCUCUAUAAGACGUGUUGAUGAGGGUUACGGCCAUAGGUGAAUGAAUGAGUGAGUGAACAAGCAUCAUGGUCCUGUGUAACUCAGACUAAAUGAUGCAGUGAGGAUGAGUCUGUUGCUCUGAGUGUUGGUACCGUGUUUCGGGUUCUCUGAUGUUGAGGACCAGUUGUGGGUCAUUUGGACUUUACCCAUUUGCCAAUAGAGGAGCGGAUUAUUUCUCUUAGUUUAUGUAAUUUACAUUUUCCAUUUAAUUUCCUGUCACAGUUUAGAUUAUUUUCCUCCAUCUCUGUCUCCAUUUACAUUUAUGCCUUUUUUCAUUCCUGAUUUGUCACAAUGACAUUUUGAGACUUUCUAAUGAAGAAAAUGUUGCUUGUUUUUUAUUUUUCUCACAUGAAAGAUAUGAUGGCAGGAAGAUAACCAGGACUUUCCUCCAGCCCUAUCAGCUUUCUUCUUCAGGACAUGAAUUUUAAGUGAUCAUUUUCCACUCGGCUGUCUAAUUUUCCUUGUUUUGAUAAACCAGUCCUGUUGGCAUUUUUAAGUUUUUAUUUCUUAAAGCACAUUCAGAAAACAUCUCGAUGCUGGACUGUAGACUCAAUCUGCAAAGGUCUUUUCUCAAUUUAAAGAAAGUUUAAGUCUUGGAUUUCCUUUUUGUUUUUUUGCAGAAGCCUGAAUGAAAUCAUUGACUACGUUUCUAGUGUACUUUGUCAGCGUACCCUCUUUUCUGUACAUAGGUUCUUCUCAAUACUUGUAAUAGAGGAAAAAGAAAAAGCUUUUUCUUUGUAAUUGUGAGUCAGUGUGACAUUUUGGUGCAUAAUCUUUUGACACCAGUAUGUAAGUAAAUACAAAUACAUUUUUUAAGUAA